CUGCAUUGGGUUGAAAUUCUUCUUCCUCUAUGCCCCAUGGUUGAAAUUACUUCAAACUUGAAACUAGAAACUAGCACAGUACGCAAUAUUUUAUUAUUUAUUAUUUAAUUACUAUUGUGUUCUUACAAUCAACCAUAUUUAGUUCAGUAACCAACUCUUGUUAACUAUCCCAAUAUGUCAGGACGUGAAGGAGGAAAAAAGAAGCCUUUAAAAAACCCUAAGAAAGAAUCUAAAGAAGUAGAUGAAGAUGACUUAAAAAUGAAACAAAAAUUGAAAGAACAACAAAAAGCAUUGAAUGAUCUUAAAACAAAAGCUGCACAAAAGGGACCAAUGGUCGGUGGCGGAAUUAAGAAAUCUGGCAAAAAAUAAUGUACGAACCAUGUAAUUAAGAAAAAAAUAUUAAAACAUCCUAUGUAAAUAACAAACCCUCCUGUAUGAUGAUUUCAAAUUAAAAUACAAUGUUGUGUUAUUUACUAUAAUAAUAAUUACAAUUUUAUUUUAUA